AAGCAGAGGAGAGAGAAAGAGAAGGAAGCAGGAAAGGGAAGCAAAGCGAAAGAACGAAAGCAACGGAGACGGAGACGAAGAAGAAGAAGGAAUCGGAAGAUCAUCGACAUCGACAGCUCACUGCCGGCGGGAACGAGAGAUCGGAGCUCCGUUGAUGACGAUGGACAGGGAGAAGGAGCGAGAGAUUGAACUCGAGAGUGCAAUGUACACUAACUGCCUUCUCCUCGGCCUGGAUCCGUCCAUUAUCGGCAUCGGAGGAUCCAACGCCGCCCCCCGUGUCGGCCUCUUCCGACACUCCAACCCUAAACUCGGCGAGCAGCUCCUAUACUUCAUCCUUUCCUCCCUCCGCGGCCCCGUCCAAUCCGCUAAAGAUUUCGAUAAGGUCUGGCCAAUUUUCGAUUCGGCGCAGUCUCGUGAUUUCAGGAAGGUGGUUCAAGGGAUCAUUAGUGAGCUCGAAUCACAGGGGGCGCUUCCCAGGAGUAAUUCACGUGUUUCUUCGCUCGCUACCUGCUGCGGACCGAGAUUUGUUGAACUCUUGUGGCAACUCUCUCUGCAUGCUUUACGAGAGGUUCACAGACGGACAUUUGCUAGUGAUGUAGCAUCUAACCCACUGCCGGCUUCAUUGACAGACGUAGCCUUCACCCAUGCUGCUACACUGCUCCCAGUAACAAAGGCUAGAAUAGCUUUAGAAAGAAGGCGUUUUCUGAAAAAUGCUGAAACAGCGGUUCAGAGACAGGCAAUGUGGUCGAAUUUGGCUCAUGAGAUGACUGCAGAGUUUCGGGGGCUAUGCGCCGAAGAGGCAUAUCUGCAACAAGAGCUGGAGAAACUUCAUGAGUUGAGGAGCAAGGUGAAGUUGGAAGGGGAGCUUUGGGAGGAUCUGAUGUCCAGCUCCAAUCAGAACUCUCAUCUAGUUUCUAAGGCUACUCGCUUAUGGGAAUCAAUAUUAUCACGAAAGAGUCAGCAUGAGAUUCUUGCUUCAGGCCCUAUUGAAGACUUGAUAGCUCACCGGGAGCAUAGGUACCGGAUUUCUGGGUCGUCUCUGCUUGCUGCAAUGGACCAAAGUUCUCAGGUUCCUCAUGCAGAUAUCCUAUCUGCCCAGCCCAAUGUUGCUUCAACGCAUUCAGAAGAUAAAGAACAAAGUGAUGGCUCCGGUGUCAAUAAUAACAUGGAAAACUUGAGCAAGAGUUUAGAAUUAUCCAAUUCACAAGGAAAUGAUGAAGCUCCCUUUCGAAUGGAUGAUAGAAGUGGACGAGUUCACCCCACGGUUGAUGUAGCAGAAGUAAUACGGCGUUGGACUCAUGCUUUACAACGUAUUCAUAAACAGUCGCUUCUUCUGGCAAAAGCUAACGAUGGAGAGGGUCCAGAAAUCCUACGAAGUGCACAUGAUGGCAGCACGAGUGGCCAUGCUGAGUCUUUAGCAGCUACUCUUGCAGAACACCAGCAACAUUUGGCCAGUUUCCAGGUGCUGAUAAACCAACUGAAGGAAGUCGCUCCAACUAUACAAAAAUCAAUUUCCGAGUGUACAGAGAAAGUAGAUGUUAUUACUUCUACCUUGCCUCCAGUGAUCAAACAUCGAGGGCCAUCUGCCUCACCCAGCCAAGCUCAGAGCAGUGGAAGGGAAAGCAAUGCUGAUGAUGUUGCUGAGGUGACAUCAAAGUUAUCCACUGUACAGCUGGACAAGGUCUCAGCAAGUCCUCCUGCUUUGAAACUCCCCCAGUUAUUUGGUUUAACUCCAAAUUCCUCUGGGAAAGGUGGAAACUUGCAAAAGAGAAACAACUUAGCAACUGAAACUCAGCAAGCUGAAAAUGCAUCUGAAAGGAAGUUGGUGAGCCAUAUUUUGUCCAGCAAUCACGUAGAUAAUCCACCACAAGAGGGUGAAAACUUUGUUCAAAAUUUAAAGCGCUCAGUGAGAGAAGCAGCCCUAUCGACUGAAACCUGUAGCUCGGAUGUAUCACGAGACAAUCACUCUGAUGAAGGUUCUGGACACUACUUUUUACCUCUUUCUUCGAAGGGCUUCUCUCAGAUGGGCACUGAGAAUAGGCCCGUUUCGAGAAGUAAGAAAUUGUUUGCUUCUCAAAUGGACACCCCCCCAAUUGAAAGACGAGUCCCUGAUGGUCCAGUUGGGAGCAAGUACGAUGAACUACAAUUACCUAAUGUGAUUGAUGAUUUGGAGUCCCUCAAUGACUUUGAUCAAGUAAAUGGAUUUUUCCUGGACACGGGCUCGAAUCGUUCUACCACUGCUGCGCAGAGGUUGUUUUAUGAUAUUGAAGAGUCACAGGGUCAGGUGUUCUCACCUCCUUUGCUGAUGGAAUCAUCACUAUUAGCUGAUUCCUAUGAAGACUUACUCGCCCCAUUGUCAGAGACUGAAGCUGCUUUAAUGGAGCACUGAAACAAAAUACAGGCCACAUUUGUCUCAGUACAUUUCUGAGGUCUGGUUGCCUCCUGUGCAGUUUUGCUGCCCUCCAAUAUGAAGUGUGACGGCAGAGAGUUCCUGAUUUUGGUAAUCAUCUGUACCAUAAUACUCGCCUUUCUGUAUGGCGGAUGAAACUAUUGCUUAUUGCGGGACCCAGAAAAUGGAUUGGGGACUUUAGUCUACAACUGAGUCAAGAGAUCCGAUCGUGUUGGGCCUCUACCCCAGUGACCCAAGACGCAGCACCGAGCCGGAUCAUCUGGGUCAGUGAAAGUAAUUAUGCUUGUUAGUUCUUCUGACUGGUUAUGUGCAUUCUUUUGGCCUUCUCUGACGUUUCAGCGUAGCAAGGAAUCUGUAUGUAGCUUUUGAGUGGGUGUUCAGUGUGGGUAUUGCUGGUGCUUGUGAGGACAGAUUCGGGAUGGGAAACUUCCUGAUCUUCCGCACAAAAUUCGGCCUCCUUCCAUUGUUUUCGAUUGUAACAAAGUGUCUGAGACCCAGGUACAUCAUCACCCUGAGUCCUGACUUAUACCUGACCGGGUCUGGAACUCGAAAUAUGCUGUGUCUAGAUUGAUGUGUUAACUGCUUGCUUAUUUUGACCUUAAUUUGUCCAAUGGGGGAAGGUGCAGGGAACAGCGGGACUGCAAUUAUUUAUGCGAUUGAAUUGAAAUUCGACCAAUUCUUAUGGUACUUGUUUGUGGGGCCCGCAUUAUGGUUGACAGCCGAAAGAAUCAUUCAAUCCAGUCCUGGAUUAGUGGCUUGUUUCCGAUGUUAUUCCC